GCCCACCGUACCUGGCCAUUUUUGCCUUUUUUGUUCAGUGAUAUAUCCCAAGUACCUCAACACUGAGUAGGUGCUCAAUAAAUAUUUGUUGACUACAUGAAUGAAUCAUGCCCAAGAUUCUGAGAUUACCUACCACUUACAGGUAAAUUCUGAAAACAAAAAUACUACUCAUCUCAGUUUCACAGGCCUUCUCACGCACAGAGGGUGAUGCUUCUCUGUCUUGGCGUCUCGGUUCUCCUGAGUGUCAUAUUCCAAGCUCCCAGGAGCCCCCAGAGUAGCACUGACCCAGACGCUACACACAGCUGUCACCACCACAAGGAACAGGACAUACAAAGUGAAGGAAGCACUAAGGCAGGAUGUUGAGAGCAGCAACACCAAUAGCAUUUUAAACACAAACAUUUGGGAAGUAUUAAAGUUUCGUAAUUUUCAAUAAAAAAAGGAGGGAACAAGUGAAAUUGAGAGGUGUUGGCUGCCCUCUCCAGGUAAAGCCACAUGGCCUUGGUUGGUACCUGGAACUGGAGAGGCCCAUGAAUCAUUGUGGAAUGGCUUUGCUACUGGGGAUGGUGCCGGGCAUCAUGACAGUGAUGAUUCACCCACCUCCCUCGUGUCUCUUCCAUCUCCUCCGAAAGGUAAGCAGUAUCUCCAGAUGACAAGGAAUCAGACAAAGCAUCUUUCUAGGCUGUUCGAUCUGUACCUCAGGUCAGAGAAGAAGCAACCCUUAACAUCACAGUGAUUGACUCUUCCCAGGAUCGUGGACCAUAGGUGUAUAUGAGAGGAUAUAAAUGACAACUCUUCCUGAAAUUGAUUUCAGUUGACACCUGGAUCAGGUGUUCUAUUAAAGAGUCAUUAGAACCAUGUGGCCAGGGGACAAAUAUAGUCUUUGAAUGUGACGAUUCAAGCUUCCUCAUUGCUGAACAUGUUUAGGCAGGUACAGGCAUCCUUAGGUGUCCACGUAUUUGGGACAUGUAAGUGGAGAGGCAUGAACCUGAUUCAUUUCCUGAUCCAGUGAUGCUCCCCAGCCCGCCUCCAAACAGACGCAGCAUAGCCCAGGCCAGCUCUUAAGGAGUUCAGGAGUGAGAAGAGGCCCUCAGAGAUCUGACAGCCUAGCAGCGCGUGGACACCGCCUCAGCCCGCUGAGCAGGAGUCACAGCACGAAGACCAAGUGCAAAGGUGAGGCUGCAGUAGGUUCUGGGGAGGAGUGAGGACAGAGAAGGAGGGAUGGGCUCCGAUCCUGACAGUACACUCGAGUGAGUGAUAAAAUGGUUAAAGGAGGGACUGGAUUUAGGGGAGAUGGGGACACGCAUUGGGGAAAGGGGAGAGUGAUGUUGGGGAUGGAGGCAAAAAAAAAAUGAAAAAGAAUGGGAACACAGAUGAGAUGGGAAUGGGGACACAGGAACAUGGAGACACAAAAGAGAUGAGAUUUGAGGGAAAGGGGAGAGGACAAAGAGUGACAGGCAACAGGGACAGAAUGAAGGGAGCAGAAAUACAAGAUGAGAGAUGGGGCCACAGGGUUGGUGUUGGGACUGCAGCGGAUGUGGACACACAGAAGAAGAGGCAGAGAUGAGACAGUGAGGAAAGGAGACAACCGAGUAGGGAGAUGGGUGAUUAGCUCAUAUGAGCAAGUAUAGGAGGACUAAUUUCUCGACUGAACACCUGUGUCCCAGCGACCCCUGCCCUCCAUUCUGACUGCUCCCCCCUUGGAGAGAUGGCACCGGCCAGAGCAGGAUUCUGCCCCCUUCUGCUGCUUCUGCUGCUCGGGCUGUGGGUGGCAGAGAUCCCAGUCAGUGCCAAACCCAAGGGCAUGACCCCAUCUCAGUGGUUUCAAAUUCAGCACGUGCAGCCCAGCCCUCAAGCAUGCAACUCAGCCAUGAAAAACAUCAACAAGCACACAAAACGGUGCAAAGACCUCAACACCUUCCUACACGAGCCUUUCUCCCGUGUGGCCACCACCUGCCAGACCUCCAACAAAGCCUGCAAGAAUGGCGAUAAAAACUGCCACCAGAGCCAUGGACCUGUGUCCCUGACCAUGUGUCAGCUCACCUCAGGGAAGUACCCGAACUGCAGGUACAAAGAGAAGCGCCAGAACAAGUCUUACAUAGUGGCCUGUAAGCCUCCCCAGAAAAAAGACUCUCAGCAAUUCCACCUGGUUCCUGUGCACUUGGACAGAGUCCUUUAGGUUUCCAGACUGCCUUGCUGAGCCUCAAUUCCCUCUCCAGGCCUCUGCACCACUCCCCUACACCCAGAGCAUUCUCUUCCCCUCAUCUCUUGGGGCUCUUCCUGGUUCAGCCUCUGCUGGGAGGCUGAAGCUGACACUCUGGUGAGCCGAGUUCUAGAGGGAUGGCCUUUCAUCUUUUUGUUGCUGUUUCCCCAGAUGCCUAUCCCCAAGAAAGGGGCUAAGCAAGCUCAGGGCUGUGGGUUCCCUGGUCUAUGCCUUUGCACAUGUCUCCCCUGCCCCCUGGCAUUAUGGCAGCAUGACAAGGGGAGGAAAUAAAUGGAAAAGGGGCAUAUGGGAUUUGUGGACACAGCUGUUUCUGUUCCUGAACUAGAAGUUUUCCCCAGCUCUGACGUGGCAGUGAGGUGACCUGAAGCAAAGAAAAAUAUAAAUAAAUACCACUUCAUAUUUGUGUAGAGCCUCCACGUGAAUCCUCUAAUCCCCUGUGACAUAGACUUGACAGGGAUUGUAUGCCUUCUUUAUGGAUGAGGAAAUGGAGAUUUUAGAAAGCUUAAUUAAUUAAAGAGCUUGUCUAAUUAGUUAGUAGCAGAACCUGGACUUGAACCUAGGUCUCAUUACUCUAAAUAUAGUGUACUUUCUACUCUACCAGUUGGACAACAAAGAAGACACCAUUACAGGGGCAAGAGAACUAGGUAAGAGUUCACCCAUGAAGAAAUGAGUGCUCUGAAGAGCCAGUUACCCUGUGUUGGCUGCAAUAAAGAUCAUUACCUCUCUAGCCAA